AUGGAACAACAUCAGAUCCAAUUCUUACCGAAAGAUACGGUUGAAAUAGAUUAUGAAGCCUUACCGGAAGAUGCUUCCCUCGUUGCUCAUUUAACUGCGGGGGCAUUUGCUGGUAUUAUGGAACAUACUGUAAUGUAUCCUAUUGAUUCAUUAAAAACAAGAAUGCAAAUUUCAAAUUCUCCUCAAGAGUUUUCUAAAUCAGUUAUAGCCACUAUAAAUAAAAUCAGUUCAAGUGAAGGAGCUUAUUCUCUUUGGAGAGGAGUUUCAUCUGUGGUUUUAGGAGCUGGACCUGCUCAUGCGGUUUACUUUUCCGUUUUUGAAGCUACCAAGACUUUAUUAGUUAAUAGAUUCAUCACCAACACCAAUAAUAAUAAUAAUCAUAAUCAUAAUCAUAAUAAUUCAUCAUCAACGUCAUCUAAAUUCGUUACUGAUGAAAAUCAUCCUUUAAUUGCUUCAAUGGCAGGUAUAGCUGCUACCAUUGCUAGUGAUGCAUUAAUGACUCCAUUUGAUGUUUUGAAACAAAGAAUGCAAGCGACAACCAUCACAUCUGCCGCUGAAAAUAAAGCAGCUGCUGCCAAAGCAACGGCUGAAGGUAUUACUGUUCCUUUCAAACCUAAAUCAAAUACAGUUAAAUUACUUCAUACUGCAUCAACCAUUUAUAAACAUGAAGGUUUAAGUGCAUUCUAUAUAUCAUAUCCAACCACAUUAUUCACCAAUAUACCAUUUGCAGCUUUGAAUUUUGGAUUCUAUGAAUAUAGUUCAUUAUUAUUAAAUCCUAAUAAUAAUUAUAAUCCAUAUUUACAUUGUGUAAGUGGGGGUAUAGCUGGUGGGAUUGCUGCUGCAUUAACUAAUCCAUUUGAUUGUAUUAAAACUGCCUUACAAACAAGAGGAAUCUCCACUAAUGCAAAUUUAAGAAAUAUUGAUGGAUUUAAAACUGCUUCAAGAGCCAUAUAUAAAGAAUUUGGAAUUAAAGGAUUUUUAAAAGGGUUAAAACCAAGAAUUAUCUUUAAUGUUCCAAGUACUGCUAUUAGUUGGACAGCUUAUGAAAUGGCUAAAGAACUUUUAUUAAAGUGA